AAUGGCAGAAAUUAUGAAAGAAGAAAUAGAUUUAGAAGAAUUUGAGAUAAAAGAAGAGUUAAUUUCCAAAAAUGAAGAAAUCCUUCCCUCCUCUACUGUAAAGGAUACAUGGACUGCUAAUCUACAUAAAGAUGUUAUUAAGAUUGAUAAAACAGAAAUACAAGAUGUUUUGAAUACUGGACUACAGGAUACUGUAGAGAAUAAACCUGUAUUUGAUCCUGAUUUUCACACUGAGCUAAUCAUUAAAUAUGAAAACGAGGAUAUAGGAGAAAACAUGGUUGAAGUACUUGAACCAGAACCUAAGAAAAGUAAGAGAAGAAAUCUGGAAUUUCCUUGUAAUGAUUGUGAGUAUGUUGCAACCAGAGCUUAUCAACUGAAAACUCAUAUUGAAAAUAAGCAUAUAAGGGUGAUAUAUCCUUGCUCGCAAUGUGAUUAUGCUGCAACUACAGCAGGAUCUUUAAAGAUUCACGUUGAAAGUAACCAUGAAGGUGUGAGGUAUCCUUGUCCUCAUUGUGAGUAUGUUGCAACUCAAGCAGCAAAUCUGAAGACACAUGUUGAAAGUAAACAUGAAGGUGUGAGGUAUCCUUGUCCUAAUUGUGAGUAUGUUGCAACUCAAGCAGCAAAUCUGAAGAAACAUGUAGAAAGUAAACACGAAGGAGUUAGAUAUCCUUGUCUUCACUGUAAGUAUGUUGCAACUCUAGCAAGUAAACUGAAGGCACAUGUUGAAAGUAAACAUGAAGGUGUUAGAUAUCCUUGUUUGCAAUGUGAUUAUGCUGCAACUACAGCAAGUAUCCUGAAAUCUCAUGUUGAAAUUAAACAUGAAGGAGUGAGAUAUCCUUGUUUGCAAUGUGAUUUUGCUGCAACUUCAGCAGGUCAUUUGAAGACUCAUGUUGACAAUAUACACAAAGGAGUGAGAUAUUCCUGUGCUCAAUGUGAUUAUUUUGCAACUACAGCAAGUAAACUGAAGACACAUGUUGAAAUUAAACAUGAAGGAGUGAGAUGUUCUUGUUUGCAAUGUGAUUAUGCUGCAACUACAGCAAGCAACCUGAAAUCACAUGUUGAAAGAAAACAUGAAGGAGUGAGAUAUCCUUGUUCUCAAUGUGAUUAUUUUGCAACUACAACAAGUAGCCUGAAGACACAUGUUGAAAGUAACCAUGAAGGUGUGAGGUAUCCUUGUCCUCAUUGUGAGUAUGUUGCAACUCAAGUAGCAAAUCUGAAGAGACAUGUUGAAAGUAAACAUGAAGGUGUGAGGUAUCCUUGUCCUCACUGUGAUUAUGUUGCAACUCAAGCAAGUAACCUGAAGAAACAUGUUGAAAGUAAACAUGAAGGUGUGAGGUAUCCUUGUUCUCACUGUGACUAUGUUUCAACUACA